AGCCGGGAUUCAUGGGUCGGAAGUUGCGGGAACAGCGUUUGUAAUUGAAUCACUCAUGCCUCAGGGGCCACUCAGCGAGCAGAUAAGCUUAUCAGUUUUAUACCAGGCGUCUCAGCCAAAACCCUCACCUUGGUCUCAGACUCAAAACUCAAACUCUCAGCAUCUAACUGAAAAAAUAAUGUCAGAAUGAUCGAUUCCGCCAAACUAAACGGUAGGAAUGGCAACGAGAUAGAGGAUGAGAUAGCCGAUCUAGAGCGCCGGUUGGCAGAAGCAAAAGCCAAACGCUCUCACUCUCACCCACCAUUAACAAAACCCCUCUCCUCAACCCUCACCUCACCAACACACUUCCUCCUCCUCCUCUCCGACUCAGCCCUCCCCCUCGGCAGCUUCGCUUUCUCGUCCGGGCUCGAGAGCUACCUCGCCCAUCAGAAAGUUAUCUUCCGCCAGCCGUCCUCCUUCGCCUCCUUUUUACCCUUAUCCAUCUCCUCCUACGCAUCCACCACCCUCCCUUUCGUGCUUGCCGCCCACCGCGACCCCUCCCUCGCCAGCCUCACCGCCCUCGAUGACGCCCUCGACGCCGCCAUCGUGUGCACCGUCGGCCGGCGCGCCUCCGUCGCCCAGGGCCGCGCCCUGCUCUCCAUCUGGGAGCGCUCGUUCGCCGGCGCCCUGACUGAACGGGGGGGUGGAGGUGUAGACGGGACCGAAGCGCUACGGGGCUUCGCCGCCCUCCUACGCACAACCUCCACCUCCACCUCCACACCCGCCCUCACCAACGGCACCACCACUACCACCACCACCAACACCACCAAACCUCCCCCAAACGACGACCCCCCACCCCCACCACCCGUUUCCGCGCACCUCGCCCCACUCUUCGGCGCAAUCAGCGCGCUCGCCGGCCUGGGCCUCGAACAGACCGCCUACGUGUUCAUGCUGGGCCACGUCAAGGCGCUGGUGUCGGCGGCGGUGCGGGCGGGCAUGUUCGGGCCGUACCAGGCGCAAAAGACGCUGGCGAGCGGGGCGGUUCAGGGCCUGGUGGCGGCGGUGGUGGAGCGCGAGUGGGCGACGGCGGUGGAGGAGGCUGGGCAGGGCGUGCCGGUUAUGGAUCUGUGGGUGGGGAGGCAUGAGGUUUUGUAUUCGAGGAUUUUUAAUAGUUAGGCUGGUUAUUAUUAUUUCUUUCUGGGGGGUUAGAUUGUUAUGGUUUUUGGUGUUCAAGGGUAGCUUGUGUGUGGGU